AUGAGUACGGCGGUCCAAGGUUACUUAGCAUCCAUGCAUGCGCCGCAAGGAGCAUCUUGCUCCGGUGGGAGACGCCCCGAUCGCGGCAAUGGGGGUCAGCGUCCACCUGAUAGGGGACCGGGCAAGGUGAUGAAGAAGAAGAAGGAGGCCUGCCGUAUUUACGGCGGUCUUCUUGUCGCACAGGUGCUCGCUACUGAAAGUAGCCGCCUUCCGGUCCGUGCUCAUCGCCAUCCCCUGGGCCCGCAGAAGGGUCCUCGUAUGGACGGACCCAACUAG